GGGAAAAUAAGGUGAAGACAGAGAGAGAGGGAGAGAGAGGGAGAGAGAGAGAUGCUCCGUUAUGUUCCUGACCAGCGCGUCGCUCCUCACACUCUCCUCUGUCUCUCCUCAGCUUAUCUCCUCCAUCAGGACACUCCACUUGCUGCGGUGUUGAACUGAACAAUCCGAAGAGGGAGGAAGUGAUGACUUCUGCUUCACUCUGCUUAUCACUCAAAAGCAUCACCGGCCGGCAGACUCCCUCAACCCAUCCAGUCAUGGCCUUCACCCUGUCAGAGAUCAUGGCAGCGCGGCGGCAGCAGGCCCAGAGUCACAGCCAGAGAGGAGGCAGGACGGUGGUGGAGGUGGACGAGUACAGCACCAACCCCACGCAGGCCUUCACCUUCUAUAACAUCAACCAGGGACGCUUCCAGCCGCCACACGUCCACAUGGUGGACCCGAUGCCUCACGACACGCCCAAGCCUCCCGGCUACACCCGCUUCGUCUGCAUCUCCGACACCCACUCUCGCACGGACGCCAUCCAGAUGCCGUACGGAGAUGUGUUCAUCCACGCUGGUGACUUCACCGAGCUUGGGCUUCCAUCUGAGGUCAAGAAGUUCAACGACUGGCUAGGCACUUUGCCGUACGACAUCAAGAUUGUGAUCGCGGGGAACCACGAGUUGACCUUCGACCAGGAGUUCAUGGCCGACCUGAUCAAACAAGACUUCUACUAUUUCCCCUCCGCAUCCAAGCUGAAGCCUGAGAGCUACGAGAACGUCCAGUCGCUGCUCACCAACUGCAUCUACCUGCAGGACUCUGAGGUCACCGUGAGGGGAUUCAGGAUCUAUGGCUCCCCCUGGCAGCCCUGGUACUACGGCUGGGGUUUCAACCUGCCACGAGGUCAGGCGCUGCUGGACAAGUGGAACCAGAUACCAGAUAACACAGACAUCCUAGUCACUCACUGCCCCCCGCUGGGAUUCCUGGACUGGGUCCCAAAGAAGAUGCAGCGUGUCGGCUGCAUGGAGCUUCUCAACACAGUCCAGAGGAGAGUUCAGCCCAAACUGCACGUGUUUGGACACAUCCAUGAAGGUUACGGCAUGAUGACCGACGGCACCACCACUUUCGUCAACGCGUCGGCCUGCACUGUCAACUUCCUGCCCAUGAACCCUCCCAUCGUCUUUGACCUGCCCAACCCUCGGACCACAUGACUAGAGGAGGCUGGCCUCAAAAGAUCAACUCCGGCUGAUCCAGAAAAAGGGGCCAAGAAAUCCAGAUGAGGUCAGAGACCACAGGUUUCUUUGUAAAUAUUGAAGAGAGCCAGCGUUGACGCGAGCGAAGGACCUUGUCAUGCGGCGCGUAGCUGCAGGUAAUUUGUUUUCCUCCAUCUGUCGCCGUUACUUGAGGACUAGACGAACCAGCAGGGCGGACGUUUUCUUCUCGUGCUCUUCUACUGCAGUGACAAUCUGACUCGGCUCUCAAGAGAACUGCUGACUGUCGAGAGUCAACUCAACGUCCACUCAAGUGAGGAUCCAAAAUUCUGGUUGCCGCAACCCAAGGACAUUUUGCGACCUUUUCCUCCAAAACUAUUUAGGGGAAUUAAAAAACAUCAGCUCUUGCAUUGAAGUGGGAUGUUUUUCAUCAUUGUAACACUGAAUGUAAAGGUGCUACAUGCUAACGCUAGAGACGAAGGAUUGUGAUGUGCAACGAACAUUUCUCAAAAGGAAGCUCUUCGUAUUACUGUUUGUAAAUGUUCUCGUCGAUGUAAUUUAAAGAAUGUUUUCUCCAACAUCUCUAAGUUAAAUUCAGUUUCUCAGUGAUGUAAAUGGCUGUUGAUAUUUUUCCCUGUAAAAAUGUGUAAUCAACCGUUUCAGUUUUUUUCAUUGUGAAGCUUUCGGAUGUCGUGACGGAAGAGAUGGCUGAUGACAUAAAUAUACAUUUGAAAUGACAAAAAACAAAGACAAAGAUGACCACUGGAAUGAAGUGGUCAGUGAGUUAGAAUGAGCAGGAUCUAUUUGCGCAGUCUCAGUUUACAGUGAGACGUUUACUCGGCGACAAAGCCGCCAUCGUCACCAAUAGCUCCCACUGCGGACCCUGUUUUUCAUUCAUGCGGUGACGGCAGUGUCGUCGUGUAAAUGAACACUGCAUCCGACACAAAACGGUGGUGGAUUUAGUCGUUUCCGUCUCCAAAUAAACUACGCCUAAAUCAGUCUUGUCACUUCCGGAAGUCGUGUUGUGUGUGAACGUACCUUAAGGGAACAGGCUGAUGAUUAUAUACGUACAAUGUUGAAGAACUUUGACUGAAGAGCUACGGAUGAGAUUUUUACAAUUGAUAUAAGGUAACAUUCUCACAACAUGUCAACCUCUACAGAGAACUACAGGUUCUAGUAUCAGCCUCUCCCAGGUGUCUUGGCUUCUCACCUUAUCUUCAGACUCUUGACAGAGAGUACUCCACAAACUAGAGCGACUUGUAGUAACCUUCAUGUUUAAUGACCUGGCAGUGACCUCACACAAUCAACAACGUGAGGAACCGAGAGAAAGAGUCACAUUUUUAACCGAGAAAAACUUGAAAAUUGAAGCCACCAUUUUUUACCAACAUGAGCUGAGUUAGCGUAGCAGAAGGGUGGCUCAUGUGUCGCCAUGUUUCUUUGUUCAACACUUCAGAGAGGCACUGACCACGGCAGCCACAGAAAAAUUCAGGUGGUCAGUAUUUAGUCUUGAAUGUUUUUCUGAACAGAUUCCCCACAGACUGGAGAGAGAGUGGGGCCUCAUCACUGCUCAUGCUUGGAAGUAAGGAGUGGUGAUCCAUGUUUUUUUUGGGGACUGGAAAAACAUAUUUUAAAAGCAUAGCCGUCCCCUUCUCAGAGUACAGGGGAUGCAUCCGCCAUUUUUUGGCUAGCGACGCACCAGGUUUACCAUUCUCCUUCAAAGAGCUUCUUUUCUUUUGUAGAAAAAAGUGAUCAAAUUCGGCAGCGGGGGUUUGAUGUGGAGUGUAAUUAACUGUCGUUCCAAAGCGAGGGAGUGUUCAUCCUCGUUAUUUAGUCUCAGAAGCAAAUAGCUUCAAGAGAAUAACGGCAAAUUUGAAAAAAAAAAAAAAAAAAAAACAAAUGAUGGCGAGGAGUUUCAUCUUCUGUGAUUUUUUUUUCUCUCACUUUGAAGCUCUUCUGCUUUCGUUUUCAAGGAAAAAAAAGACUUUAUUUAUUGACGCAUGCUUUUCAGACGCUCUAAUGACGACUUCUCUGACAAUCCGUGUGUGAUAAAGUGUUUGACAAGAAAAAAAAAAUGAUUGACUGGUUUUGUUUUGUUUUAUUAUUUUAACUUUCUUCUGAGUUUCCAGUUUCAACUUGGAGGUGACUUUGGAUGGGAGCGAGUGGAUUUAAGGAAGCGUCAUGUAAAGUUCUUAAUUCUGCUGGUUCCAGGAGAUGAUUCUCAGAUGGAAUAAAACUUAUCUGACGGAUCCCGCUUCCUUGUUCCUGCUGCUCUUUCAUGCCACCCGUCCGUCCUACAGCCCAACUUUCAUCUGCUUUUGUUUCAAUCAAUCGUUUCUGUGUCUCAUAUCAAUUAUGGAGUUCAUUUCCAGCAGAUUCUGGUUCCGCAGGUCUUCUGCACCUCGCCACAUUCUAAUGAGAACCCUCGUUCAAAUAAUUACAU